AGUAAAACUGUAGGCCUACAGAAGCCGUCGGAGAAACCCUCGCCUUCUGGGCCAGUAGCUCGAAACAAGAACGGAGUGGUGACAAUUUCAGUGCACGCGAAGCCUGGAUCUAAACAGAACGCGAUUACAGGUGCACUCUUUUUGUAUGCCGAAAACUGAUGGCAGUAGAAACUCAACUAUAAGACUAAUUGAGGGCUAGCCCCAUAUUUGUGAGCUCGUAUUAUUUGUGUAUUUUUGGUGUGUAAUACAUUUAACGUAGCUAGGCUAUGUAAAAAAAAAAUAUAUAUAUUUUAUUUCCCAGAUGUGUCUAUAGAGGCAGUAGGUGUCGCUAUUGCCGCACCGCCAACAGAUGGGGAGGCCAAUGCGGAGCUUGUGCGGUAUCUCUCCAAGGUGCUGGAGUUGAAGAGAAGCGAAGUCGUUUUGGACAAGGUUUGUUUAUAUAGCCUACUGUGUUUCCCAUAACAGAACAGUUUUAGGAAUUUAAACUAAAAUGCUGCAUCAUGUCCUUAUGUCUCUCUGCAGGGAUCCAGAUCCAGAGAGAAGAUUAUCAAGGUGACUGGGUCACUAACCCCGGAGCAGGUGUUGGACAGGUUAAAGCAAGAGGCUUCUGGAUGA